AUGAGCAUCUCAGACUUUGAAAAACAGUGGAAAGACUUUGAAAAAGAGCGGAAAGAGAGAGACAAAGCUUUGUACAAAGCAGAAAUUGAUUAUAAGUCUCUGAAAAUUCGGGAAGGUCAAUCCUUGUCCGAUUAUUUUGAUAAUAUUGAAACCGUCACAGAUGCAUACAAAAAUAGAGUUUCGGAAGAUUUAAUUUCGUUAGCUAAAACUCAAAAAUUGAUGGAAUUGAUUUCUUAUGAUUUUUGGCAUUUAGCGGAAAAUGAAAAGAAUCGUGUUCCAGUUCUUGAGCAGUUUGACGUUUUGAAAAAUUGGAUUUCUAAAAUGAUGAUAAAAUUUAAAAAAUCCAAAGAUGUUAGUGACAUUCAGAAAUUCUACAGGGUACCGUACCUACCACCUGACAUUCUACAUUAUGCACAGUUUCAGAACUUUUACGAAGACCAAAGAUGUUUUGAUUUAGACUAUAUGAUGAGAAAGGAAAAUAAUGAGAAUAAGAUCCACGUUGUCAUGUCAAACCUUCAACAGUUUUCAAACAUGAGCGAAGCUCGUGCUCAAGUAAUGGUUGAAUAUAUCACAGAGUGGUUUCAGGAUAGAGAAAAAGUGAUUGCUGAAAGAGAAACAUAUAUUUUCGAAUUAUUGAAGUCUAACAUAGAGUUGAGUAAUUCUCAUUCUGAACAAAAAGUUAUGGUUACUGAUGAGAAGUCUACAAUGUCAGAGGUUGAUACCAAACCUUUGAAAGAUCUUGAUGUCAUUAUGAAAAGGUUUAAUCUGAACUCUGUAAGUGAAGUUGAGGAAAGGAUUCAAGAAAAUUAUCGUUCAGAUGAUGCUCUUGAAAAGAUUGUUCAAAUUUAUGAAGAGUCACAGAAAGAACUACAAGAGUUACAUGCCAAAUUCAAUGCAGCACAACAUGAGCUAAAAAAUCUUGAAAUUAAAUAGCAAAUGGAACAGUAUGAUCAUAAGAAUGCAAUUGCAAAAUAUGAAAAUACACCAAAAUGUUCUGAUACAAGUGAUGUACAGUACUUCGAGAAUGUUACAGACAGUUUUGAAGUAGAAUCAAGCAUGAGUUUUUCAAAAUCUCUAAAGGAUUCAGGUAUUAAAAGUUAUGGAAUUGACAAAGAGCACACAGAAAAUGAUUUGGAAAUGGAUAAAGUGGACCAGAAAGCCAAGGAUACAUACUUGGGUCCCCCACUGAACUCCAACAUUUUGGAAAAUUUUCAAAAUUGCGAAUCUACGUCUAUUGUUACAAUUGAAUGUUCCAAAACUGAUUACGAGACUGAACAUGAGACUCAAAUUAUUGAUUCUCCAGAUGCUAUUCAAAAAGAAACCACAGCAAUUGAGUCAAUUACAAUCCAGGAGAAAUCCUGUGACAAUGAAAAUGAUAAGAUUGAGCACAUUACGCACAACUCAUUGAACAAUCAGGUACAAAAGACCGGACUACAAAAGCCGGGAGAUGUCGCCUGUGGCGGAUUUUUUGACAAGAAAAUGAAGCGUAGAGUCAAUGAGGAAAUGCGUCCACGUACAGAUCCACCAACUGACUUGUCACAACAAGCAUGCUAUGGUACAGUAUCUGAUACGUUGGAUUGGAAUAAUUGGAGUCAUGAGAAUUGGAAGGAUAUGAGUUGGCAAAGAUUCGUUCGAGAAUCACGUCCUCGCAAGGAUCCACCUUGGAGUUCGUGUCGUUCGGAAGUUGGCGUUUGUUAUGGAUGGAGAUGGGAUGUCAGUCAAGUUCCAUCUUGCUCUCAGGAUUGGAGAAGUCAUCACGUCUUGUUCACCCCUCGCCAAGCUGCAGAGGUUCAGUGA